UACUGCCCUCCUUCCCGGAGGGCACUGCGCGAGUGCCGGCAUGGCGGCGCGGCGGCUGGGGGGCAGCUCCUGGCAGCAAGUGGUAUCGCUGAGCAGGCGGUGCUGCUUACCGGGCGGGAGGCGAGAGCGCUACCGGUGCUCUUCUAGUAGUACAGCACUUGGGAAGCCUGUGGAAAAUUCAGGAGUUACUCAAGAAGAAAUUGUCCUCCCACGAAAGAAAACCUGGGAUAAGCUAGCGGUUCUUCAAACAUUGGCUUCUACUGUGAACAGGGAUCCUACUGCUGCUCAUUAUAUGUUCCAGGAUGACCCUUUCCUUAUGCCAAGAAAUGCAGCCAAUUCUCGACUGUUUGCAUUGUCGAAGGAGUCUGGGAAAAAUACUGCAAAAUACAUUAUUAAGCAAUUUCCUCAGUAUUUUGACAAGACUUUAGCAGAGCCCAACGUAUCAUGCUUGAUGCCUGAGACUCUUACACCUCAGAUUGAAGGAGUGAGUGAGGAAUCUCUAAAAGAACGUGUCCACCUCAGAAGGGUGAAAGAUUCUGUGGACCUGUUUGAUCAGCUCAUACAAGCAGGCACUCCUGUAUCUCUGGAGACCACAAACAGCCUUUUGGAUUUGUUAUGCUUCUAUGGAGAUAGAGAACCUACUCCAGAAAAAGAGGAAGAAGAAAAAGAGGAUUUGGAAGAACCACAGGUGAACGUUUCAGAGCAGAAGGCUCCAAAGAGACAAUUCCAAAGAGGUUCACAGUCAUCUGGCUCUAGAUGGAGGGAGGACAACAAUGCUGAAAGGAUAUUUAAGAUAAUGCCAGAGAGGAAUGCACACUCCUAUUGCACAAUGAUCCGUGGAAUGGUGAAGCACGGGGCUGCAGCUAAAGCUUAUGACAUGUACACAGACUUGCUGAAUGAAAGACACAAGGCUGAUGUGCACACCUUCAACGCACUGAUUACGGCAGUCCCAUAUCUAAAGGAGAGGUUCUUAGAAAGAUGGGAAUUAGCCAAGGUCUUCCUGAAUCACAUGGCUCAACAGGGAGUGCAACCAAAUCUGCUAACUUUUAAUGCUGUACUGAAGACCCUGAGAAGAUGUGGUACUGUAGGCAGAAGUAUGUCUUUAUUGGUGAUAAAGGAAAUGGAAGCACUUGAUAUAGAGCCUAGCCUUGCAACGUAUGAUCAUCUUCUCUUCAUAUUUUAUAGAGGAGGUGAUCUUUGCCCAUCAGGCAUCAUCUCUGAGGUGCUAGAUGAUGUUGAAAAGAGGACCUUCACUCCCCAGGACCCUGAUGAUGCCAACUUUUUUGCCACCGCUAUGCAAGCGUGCUGUGAUCUGAAGGAUAUCAAGCUCGCCUAUCGGUUAAACAAGGCAAUGGAGAAGGGAGACAAUUGGAAAUUCUUGGACGUGGAUCGGUUAAAUGCCUACUGGUCAAAAUUCUUUUCACUGUUGUGUAUGAUGGAACAAAUUGAUGUUGUGUUGAAAUGGUACAAAGGAAUGUCCCCUUCGCUCUUCUAUCCAACUCCUAAAAAUAUAUUGGACCUCCUUCAAGCACUGGAUGCAGCCAACCACCUGGAAGUGAUCCCUUCAGUCUGGGAAGAUAUGAAACAGCUGGGGUUUAACAGGAGGCAAGACCUGUUGGAAGAGCUCUUGUCUUUGAUGAGCAGGGAGCAGCACCCUGAAGAGAUUCAGCUGGCGUUCGCCAAGUGUGCUGAAGACAUCAAAGCUGUCCAUGAGCAAAGCAGGCGGGAUCAGGCCCCGUUGGAAUGGACCAGCAACAUGCUGGGCCACGUCGUGCUGUUGUUUUCCAGGGCUGGGAGAACCCAGGACGCUUGGAACAUGAUGGAGCGUUUCCAGCAAAUAAACAGGAUUCCCACCGAGCAGGUGAUGGACGAGUUCUUGAACUGUGCUAAACAAACCAAUUGCCCGGAUGAGGCAAUUAAGCUGGUAAAGCUGGCAGUGUCCUUUGGUCUUCCUUCAUCUCAAAGGCUGAAAAGCAGAAUGGAGAAGGAAUUUGAACUCUCUGAAAAGCAGAAGAAGACACUGGAGAGCAUCAGAUCAGACAGCGACAGCAGUGACAGCGACAGUGACAGCGACAGCGACCGUGACUAGCUGGCUUUGCUGCCUUCCUCUCGGUCAGACUGGGAGCGACUGCCGCCUUGACACCGAGAGGCUUCUGCAAGAAGGGAAACGACUGAAGGGGCGGCUUCUGGGCGGCGCUGCCCAGCAUGCCAGAGCAUUCUGAAACUGGGCCUGCUUGGCGAGGGCGUGUUGGCCUCGUCGGAGCAAGCUGCGCGCUGUCCUGGUUAACAGUCACGUUAACGUCAGACGCAGCACGGGCUACACCAACGUGGUCUCGUCCGCACCGCUGCCUGCACCAGCUAGCUCCUGCCAGGCAGCCGCGGCCUGCUGCUGCAGCUUGGCUGAGGUACGGGCAGGCAGCUCCCUGGAGCCUGCUCGGUGCAGGUAGGACUUUGACAGCUUGAGCAAGACGUCUCUUGGCCCUUCUGGAACCUAAACCUGCACCAGAUCUAGUUCCUUUCCAGCUGACUUUAAUGAACUACUUAAAUGUGAAGUUUACUCUGUAUGUAAACACUGUCAUGCUGUACUCAUCACUGGUGGUGUUAUUCCUCAUCCUUUUUGGUGUUUUGGGACAGGCUUUGGACUGUAGAUGUUAAAAUGCUACAAUCUCUAGCUGUACAACUUGUAUCUAAUAAACACCUGACAUCAA